GUUGAUGCCUAUUUUUUUGCAUAUUGGUCAAUUUCAGUAUAUGCAGUAUUGUGUGAUUUGUGUCACACACUCGCACCAUCAUAACUUUGGUACUCAUAUUUGAAUUUUUGCAUUUCGUAUUUUUUAGUUAAGAGGUGAAGAUAAUGAAGAAUCCAUCCAUCAAAAACAUUGAAGAUAAAAGGAAAAGUAUGUAUGCAAUUGGUUGCUUAUACUACGUAUUUAUUUAUUACGAGUAUUAUAAUUUGGCAUAUUUCUUGAGAUUCGCAGCAGCGUCUCUGGCGUGUUCCGGUACAUGCAUGUUCGCCAACAGAGUCACUCUGGCCGACGAUAUCAGAACUCUCUUCUCUUCUCCGGCGGCCUUCCAAAUAUCCACUCCCCAUACCUGAAUAGUCCUCCCGACGUUCACGGGCGUCGCCUCGGCGAGAAGGACAUCGCCGAGGCGGGCAGGCUUGAGGUGGUGGAUGCUGAGGUGAACUCCGGCGACUCUCCUGAACCCGGACGCCAUGUGCGCUCCGAUGCUGGCCAGCGCCUCCGCUAUGAGCGCGGAAACCCCGCCGUGCAGCACCUUGAAAGGCUGGCAGCAUUUGGGGGUGACCUGCAGCCGCCCGGUGACUUUCUCCGGGGAGAGGUCGCCGAUCUCGAAGCCGAUGGUGUGGAGUGGUGCAUCCAGUGAUUCCUCCUUUGACGGUGAUGAUUCGGCCAUUUCGGCGGAGAAUCGCGGAAUCCCGUUUCCUGAUUUUGUGGAAGGCGAUGUGAUUGAGGCAGGGGAGGGGUCAGAGAGAUUGGGCGAGGGAAGGGUCUAAAAUAGGGUCGGUGAAAUUUGAACGAAA